GACUCACUCGUCGCAAAUCAGACUCGCCACUGUACCUCGAAUUUCAAACCCUCACAAGCCAAGAUGGUCCGCCACAAGAAAGAUUUCAAGGGCAACAAUAAGUUCAAGAACCCCGCCAAAGCACGCCCUACCCCUCGCCCGCGCCGCGCCUCGGACGAAGAGGAGAAUGACGCCGCUAACCCAAGGCCUGCUAAGCCUGAAUUCAAGGCUGCAUGCUGGGAUCUCGGCCACUGCGAUGCGAAACGAUGUUCGGGCAAGAGGCUCAUGCGCCUAGGCAUGAUGCGUGAAUUGCAUGUGGGACAGAAGUUUGCGGGUGUGGUGGUGAGCCCAAAGGCAAAGAAGAUAAUAAGUCGCGAGGACAAGGAAUUGUUGGAGCAAUAUGGCGCUGCUGUAGUGGAAGCGAGCUGGAACAGGAUAGACGAGGUGCCUUUUGGCAGGAUAGGCGGCAAAUGCGAACGCCUACUUCCUUACCUUGUUGCGGCAAACCCUACCAAUUACGGCCGGCCAUGGCGACUAAAUUGCGUCGAAGCGUUGGCGGCAUGUUUUUACAUUUGUGGUCACCCUGAGUGGGCUGAAUCGAUCUUGUCGACCUUCUCGUACGGCCAGGCAUUCUUGGACAUUAACGCCGCCUUGCUUAAGCGCUACCUGGCGUGCGAAAACGAGGAGCAGAUCAAGAAAGCUGAGGAGGUAUGGCUUGAGAAGAUUGAGCGCGAAUACAAUACAAGCAGGACCGAAAAGGAGGAAGGCGCCGAGGAAGAUGAGUGGGCUGGAGGAAACAUGAAUAGGCGUGUUAUUGACGAGUCGGAUGAAGACGAGGACGAGGACGGAGAGAGCGGUGAAGACGAGGACGAAGAGGAGAACAAGAUCGAUCCCAGGAAUCCCUACAACAUUCCAGAGUCCUCGGAUGACGAAGAGGAAAUGGCAGAACUGAGGCGUCGUGUGCUUGCCUCCAAGCCAUUUGCUAAUCCCACAAAGAAGGACGAAGAUGACGAAGACGAGGAUGAGAAAAAAGCACCCAAACGUAUACCCAUGACUGAGCCUUUGUCAAAAAAUGGAGUUCCUACAGACGAGGACGACAGCGAGCCAGGAGAAGGUGACUCGCAAGAUGAUGAGUUUGAUAGUUUUAUGGCUGCACAGCCUACAACCGACCGCACUGGAAUUGAGAGCAAGCAGAGGAUGAAGGCCAUGGACAACAAGUACAAGGCUACUUUCUCAAGUGGAAGUGUAAAGGCACCUAGUGGACGGGGAUAUCACUGAUCACAUGAUGAGCAUGUGUCCAGAUCUAUACUGUAUGAGGAUACAAAAGAGUGCCUAGAGGGUUGAAACCUAGGCUUGAAUGUAGAUCUGUCUUGUUCA